GAUUUUUAAUUUGAUAGUUUUCUCCAUUCUGUUAAGAACAAAGAGUAAAGUUUUAAGAAAAAACUAAAAUAUUAUUUACAAUUUUAGGUGGGGAGCUUAGUAUCUAGUCUUUAAAUGUUCUUAGCAUAAACAGGUGAGCACAUGAAUGUCAUCUAGCCAUCUGUUCGGCGUGUAGCUUUUCUUUGAAGCUAGGCUUCGCUUCGUUUCGUUAUGUUACUUUUUUUCAUUUCGAUGUCUGAAGUUAAGCUAACGACACAAGUUUGGGUAUCAGAUCUAGAGCCUUAAAAACAAAGGAUUGUUUCACAUGUGUUAGAGCUGAAUGAAUUAUUCGAAAAAUAAAGGUUAGAAUAGAUUAAGACUCUUUUUGUUUUAUACGUUACAUAUCCCUUUUCUUUUCCUCCAAUCUAACAACAACCUAAUAGGGACUUUUUUUUUACCUUGGUGAUUAUAAAACUAUUGUUUAUUUAGUAAAAGGGAUGGCACAAAGCAUCGAGACAUGGUUCUCAUCAAUGGGCCAGAUCACAAGAUUUUUACUAGGAUAUGUUCUUCUUAGCACUUCUGCGAUAGCCUUUGGUGCCCUGAAUCCUUCAUAUUUAGCUGUUUACUAUCCGUCGUCGUCGAGCUACGCUGAGAUAUGGAGACCCUUCACAUCAGCUUUAUAUUUUGGUCCAUUUUCUUUUCCGUGGAUAAUGACGGUAUUACUUUUCGUUACCUAUGCUAACAACAAUGAAACUCGAGGUUUCACAAACAAAACAGCAGACUUUGUGUACAUGCUUCUCUUUAUCAUACUUGGAUUGGGAGUAAUUGGGGCUUUCAUCAGUAUCCCAUGGACAGGCCACUCGUUCAUCAUGGCUCUAUGUUGGAUCCACUGCAAACGUAAUGUGACAGACAGGAUACUUUUUUUUGGAUUCGAAUGCCGCUCAGCAUAUUUUCCUUGGGUACUUGUGAUAUUUGAAUUCUUUCUAGCGCAAUCUCUUCUACCCAACUUCCUUGGGAUACUUAUGGGACAUUUGUAUUUAUUCCUUAAGGAUAUUCUUCCAUACACGCACGGUUAUAACCUUCUUAACACGCCAGGUUGGUUUGUAUUACUGAUAGUUGGAGCUGGGCUAGGUACCACAUCCUUUACCCCCAAUUUUACACCACGACGAAGCUGGGGCCGUGGACACGUGCUUGGGUCGCAAUAAAGAUGAGGUUAUGUUGGAAAUUUUACACUUAGGUAAAUUUUAAUCUUCCAUUCAUUAUUAUUGUUGCAGAAGGAAAGGAGGCUGAGUAAGGGUCACAUGAAUAUGAUUGAAAUUAAAAUGUGUAGGCAUCAAAAAAAGGGUAGUACCGGAGAGUUUAAAUCCAUAUGAAUUUUUCCUGCACCUAUAACUUUUUAUACGUGUCUGUGCGCAAGACGAAAUGUAUGACAUUCUUAA